AUGCCACGGUCUACGAAGAAGCCACUGUCUAACACAAAGGAUGCCAUAACAUCCAGAAAACAAAGAGCCCGCAAAGCUGAAGAAGAUGAACGAUUACGAUUAGAAAAUGAAAGCUUACGAUCGAAAAUUCUAAAUCUCGACGGAGAACUAUCGGAUCUUAGAAAAAGAUUAGAAAAGGAAACUAAGAAAACCGAGGAGUUACAGCAAUGUAUAAUUAAGAUGCAAGAACAGAUUAUUUCUGAACUUCGUAAAAAACAAAAUGAUGAUAGAUCCCUUCAAUCUCAUUAUCCAAAUGGUCAUAGGUACCCAUUUACCGCAUAUGGCGGCAAUAGUGGCAACACCAAUGGCAACAACACAAAUGACAACGGCGGCAAUCCAAUUAAUGACGUUUUUAUCGGCGAUAACAAUAGCAGCGACGAUUUUAUCCGCGAAUUAUUAAAUUUAAAUAACAACGAUAAUAACAAUAGCAGCGGCGGCAGCAGCGGCACGAGCUACUAA